AUGCUUAGGGAUCCUCCUACCGAGUUGGGAAAGUGUUUUGCAUUGGCCAAGACCAUUGAAGAGCAACUUAGAAGAAGAGAGGCACGGAAGAAGGCUUACAAACCGGGGUUGGCAUCCAAACCCAAGCCUAACUUUGGGAAAUCAGCUCCACCCAAUAAAAGGUUUGAGAAUCGGCCAGCCUUUCGCAAUAACAUUCCCAUUAAAUACAUUUCCGAUCAAGAAAGAAAGGAAAGGAUUAAGAAAGAACUUUGCUUCAACUGUGAAGAAAAGUGGCAUGCGGGUCAUAAGUGCAAGCAUUUUCAGUUAUAUGAGGUCACAGAUAGUGAUCAGGAACUUGAGGGAAGUGAAGAGUUAGAUACCGAGGGCAGUAUGGUAGCCAAGGUAGAAGAGGAUACUGAGGAGAAAGAGGAGGGCUUGUGCCACGCCCUUACCAAUAAUGGGUCUAAUGCGAUGAAGGUUGUGGGUAAGAUCAACAACCAAAAAGUAAUUGUUCUUCUUGAUACCGGGGCCACCCACAACUUCCUCAAUUCGAAGUUGGCACACCUCGUGGAGGGCAAGACUACUCCCCAAGCUUCUUUCAAUGUCAUGGUUGGAAAUGGAGAGAAGCUAUCUUGCAAUGAGAUUUGCAAAAACGUGAGCUUGGAAAUGCACAAGGUUCCUUUCAAGGAGGGUGGAGGGGAAGUAACCCUCAAAGCAAUCAAUCCUAGCGUGGACCCUAAGCCGGCCUUGAAGGCCCUCAUUGCAAAUCAGCCAGCAUAUUGGCUAGUGUCCAUGGUAAAAGAUGUUGUACCUUCCACCACCCGUGUUGAAAAGAUUCCUCGAAACAUUCAGUGUAUGAUUGAUCGAUUCCCUUCAGUUUUCGAAGAGCCUAAGAGCUUGCCUCCCACACGUUCAUAUGAUCAUAGGAUCACCCUCACCAAGGGAGCAGAGGCAGUGAAUGUACGACCAUACCGGUAUGCUUACGUUAAGAAGAAGGAUGGCACAUGGAGGUUCUAUGUAGACUACCGGGCCCUCAAUGAGGUGGUCACGGUAAAGGAUAAGCAUCCUAUACCAGUCAUAGAUGAGUUACUUGAUGAGUUAGUUGGUGCUUCUUACUUUUCGAAAAUAGACUUAAGAGCAGGCUACCACCAGAUUCGUAUGCAGAGGGAGGACAUUCAUAAGACAGCUUUUCGCACACAUGAUGGUCAUUACGAAUUUCUCGUAAUGCCCUUUGGAUUAACUAAUGCACCUGCCACAUUUCAGAGGUGCAUGAAUGACCUCUUUAGAAGCUAUCUACGAGACUAUGUACUAGUAUUUUUUGAUGAUAUACUUGUAUACAGUCUGACAUUAGAGAUGCAUACGAAGCACUUAGACACCAUCCUUACCAUCUUGAGGGACAACCAGCUAUAUGCUAAGAUGUCUAAGUGUACCUUUGGCCAGACCUCAGUGGGGUACUUGGGACACAUUGUCUCCGAGCAUGGAGUUAGAGCUGAGCCAGAGAAGUUGGUAGUGAUCGAGCAAUGGCCCUUACCCAAAAACCCAAAGGAGUUGCAUGGAUUUUUGGGACUUACCGGUUUUUCACGUGACCCGGUUGAAACUGCACCAUGGACCACUUCCCGGGAACAUGGAGCAUAUACCGGACCAGCUACCUACUAUGUAUCGGAUCUUGAGGCACCGAUACGCUUUGAGGGAUGGAAGACAACGACAUGA